CAGAAAAUAAUCAUGGCAUACUGGUUUCACCGAAAUCCUUUAAAAGCAACAACUCCUUUGACAUUCGAACUAAGAGGGGUAUCAACAAAUGAAAAGACGAGAAAAAUAUUCAGUGAUUUGCGGCAGCAUAGAAAUAAACUUCUAGAGUACCUGACUGACCCAAAUCACGAUGCCCAUUCAAUUGAGACCACCAUAAAUGAUUAUGCGGCACUACUCCAGGGACUUUAUAUGCCUUUUGGAGAUGAACCUGAAAACAAACUAAGAAGAAUCAUCAAGUUUCGCUGGACUGACAGUCUUCUUGGAAAUGCCACAAGAGAGGCAGAGGAUGCAGUCUUUGAACAUGUGUCAAUGUUGAUAAAUGUGGCCUUGUGGUACACAAAACAUGCAGCUAAGAUUGCUGCCAAAGAAGAACCUAAUAUGGAAGAGGCUAAAGAAGUUCACAAAUGCCUCAGAACAGCAUCUGGUAUAUUCACUUAUGUGAAGACUGAGCUUGUACCUAAACUGGCAGAGUCAGUUGACAGUGCUGUGGAUACAGACAGCAGAAUCCUGGAUGCGUACAUCAACCAGUGCACAGCAGAGGCUCAAGAAGUAACACUGGCCAGAGCUAUGGAACUGAAACACUCAGCCAGUUUGGUGGCAGCCCUGGCUUAUGAAACCUCACAGAUAUACAGGAGGGCAGAUGAUGCUCUAGCCAGUUUGGAUGCUAAAACCGUUGGCAAAUGGAAGAAGUACUGUGCUCUUAAGGCUGACUUUUACAUGUCUUAUGCAUACAGUUUUCAUGGAGAAGCCCUUCUAGCUGAAGAUAAGUGUGGGGAGGCUAUUCGUUGUUUACAAGAGAGUGUCAAGCUGUAUGACCAGGCUUCACGGUUGGCACAGGAAUACGGCACUCAGAAGGGACCAGGAACUUCAGCACGACCUCUCAAUCAUAUCUUCUUCAGACGCCUUAGACCCAUCGUUAAGAGAACCCUGGAAAAGUGCGAGCGAGAAAAUGGACUGAUUUACCACCAUAAGGUACCGUUUGACCCACCUCAGCUUGAUCUGAAACCCACCUAUGGCUUAGUGAGCCCUGUUGAGUUCCAGCCUGUUCCACUUAGCCCAUUAUGGAGCAUUGAUGUUUACAAGAAGAUGGAUACAAAGACAGCUGUCAAACCUGACCCCAGAGAGAAAGAAAAGAAACCAGAGAAGGAACAAACUUUGCCACCAGUGAAAGAGAAGGAAUACCCCAUGAGUGAUAAAGAUCCGAACACGAGUAGUGGCUGUGUCAUAUCAUAAUGUGUGACCAUGUGAGUUCCUGUAUUGGUUUGGGUUGCUUAUCAUCUAACCAACAAGUGUAUAUAAAAAUGUAUUUGUCCACCAACACCCCAAUGUAUGCUAUUUCUUGUAUGUUAUACAUUAUAUAAAUCUGUAAAUUGUUGUGUUUAUGUAAGCAGAAGUUUUUAAUUAGGUGUAUAUAAUAAUGCUAAAGAGUGAGGCAUGUUAUAGAUGACAGCUGAACAGUUGGGCAUAUGUGUGUAUGUAGUAUAAUUAAACAGUGACGGCAUGUUAUAUAUAUGUAUAGGAAAACUGAUGGUAUGAUAUACAAGAAAGCUGAAACAUGGGUAAUGACAGCAUUAUAUGUACAAAAACUUCAAGGAAUACAGAAUCGAUGUUGAUUGGCUGACACUGGGAGAUAGUGUUUCAUGGGUUAAACCCUCCAGUUUUUCUCAUGCUUGAAUAAAUCUGCCAUACUUAAAACAAAAGCCUGAACUUGCCUAUCUCUCACUCCAGCCAGUCAGAAUCUAUUCCGUAUCCCUUUAACAAUGACAGUAUGAUAUAUGAGAAAGCUGAACAAUGAGAGUUUGAUUUAUACAAAAGCUUAACACUGUCAGCAUGUUACAUACUGUAAGAUAGCUGCUUAAUGAGGGCAUUGUCAGUUGGGUCUCUUGUGCUUAGGUGUGAAAGUAACACUUGCUGACUUGGCUGAUAACUUCCCAAAGACUUGGUGGAACAGUUUGUAUGUACAUGGAUACCUUUUGUAUAAUCCAACACAAAUAUCUCUUCACUUGCCCAUUAAUAAAAUGUAAAUGCUAUAAACAUAUGAGAACAAGAAAUUGUAUUCACUUAUGCGUAUAUCUGACUGUAUAUUGACUUGUAAGUUAGUCAGAAUGUGUAGUUCUCAUAUAAUCACAGCUCUGGCAUACUGUUCUGUCUGUUAUGAACUAAUCCAAUGUUUUCCCCAAAUUGUAAAGCAUUUACUCAUUGUCAUUUAACACAUCUUUGUAAAGUUAAAUGUGUUUGUUGUCAGUUCCUAGACAUCAUGAGCAACCACAGGGGUUAAGUUUCAAAAACCAUAAAUGUAGCUUACAAAGGCAAGUUUAGAUUGGCAUGUAUAAAGACGUGUAUAGGUACUUGUCUAUAUUUUAAUGUCAUUAUUAUAAAGUCAUUGUUAAAUUAUGUGAAUGUGUCCAAAUUUUCAAGUUCAAGGGUACAAUGCUACAUUUCAUCUCUACAAAGAUUACAUGAUGAAUUUGACAAGGUUGACAGUGAAUACAAACAUAUCUGUCAAAAAACAUGAAAAGAUGGCUGUAUUUAAAUGGAACAAGAAAUGUUUUAUGUCUAAACUCUUCAGGCUAUGC